AUGUUAGAUCUCCAAUUGAUGUUUUUUGGUUGAAGUUAAAAGUGAUAAGGUUAUCAGUGACAUUUCCUCUAUAUUUAAAAAUGGGGAUAGAAUGGAUAUUUAUGUUUUUCAUGGGGUCAAUGAGGUAGAAGUUGCUCCAUUGGCUUUGAAUAAUUUCCCUCAUUUGCUGGACAGUGGUGUGCCUUUAAAUGGUGGAGGUGGGAUAGGUGAAGAAUCUUUUACCUCUUUUAAUGAAGUUGAGUCUUCUGACCCUAAUUUUGAAUCUUCAAAUCCUGUAAUUGAGCAUUAUAGUGCUCCUACUAAACCUUCUACUCUUUUUUCUGAACCUUUCAACCCUUCAUUUCAGCCUUCUAAUCCUCUUGUUGAACCUUCCAACACUUCUUUUCAGCCUUCUAAUCCUCUAACUGAACCUUCAAAUCCUUAUAGCCAGCCUCCAACUCCUCUUGAUGAACCUCAAACUGAUGAGGAUCUAAGUGGAGAUGAAUCAAAUGAUGAUUCUGAAGUAGAUAGCAAUGAAGAUAGUAUAGAUAGUGAUCUUCACGAAGAGUAUAGGGAUUUCAGAGCUUCAAGAAGGCAUUUUAAUAGGUCAAACAAGAGAACUAGAGGUACAACUACUGAACAGGUUCAUACUGGUGAAAAAGGGACAAAUAUAGGAUAUGAUAAGAUAAAUGUUGAUAGUAAGGAUAGCUUAUUAGGUAAGCUAGGGGGUGAUGAACCUUACUAUCCAAAUGAUGAAGCUCCUAGAUUUGCAUUAGAGAAAGAAACAGGUUGGGGAGAUGGUUAGGAGGUUGAUCAAGUAGUGAAUAAAUUUGUUAGAAAGAAGACCAAAAGCAGAGUUGUGUUUGAUCCAACUUUUGAGAAGAUUGUUUGGGAAACAGGUUUGGUGUUUGCAAGUGUAAGAGAAUUUAGGGAAGCAGUAACCAAAUAUGCAGUUCAAGAAAAAAUUCAAAUUGAAAAGUAUGUGAAUAAGCCUGAAAAAGUUAAAGUAAGAUGCUGCAAAAAAGGUUGUCCUUGGUUAUUAGUUGCAAGUCUGGAUAGUCAAACAAUAAAUUUUGUGGUUAAAAUCUACAACCCUGUUCAUAUUUAUGUGACUUUAACUUUUAACUAUUUGUACAAUUCAAAAUUUCUGGCCAGCAUAUACAAGGAUAGAAUAACUGAGCAGCCAAACAUUAAAAUUGUCAAGUUACAAGAGCUUAUCAAAAAAGAAUUGGAUAUCCAUAUUGGAAAGACAACAGUGAGAAGAGCUAGGUCUAGAGUAUUAUAAUAGAUUAUGGGUGAUCAUGUUGUUGAGUAUGGUAGAAUUUUUUAUUACAGAGGCGAGAUAUUAAGAUCAAAUCCAGGUAGCACUUAUAUUGUUAAGGUUGGAGAAACAAUUGAAACUAGUCAUAAAAUCUUUGAAGGAUUUUAUGUGUGCUUUCAUGCUUUAAAGAAAGUAUUAUUUGGAGGUACUAGGAGGUGCGUUGGCUUGGAUUGGUAUUUUCUCAAAGGAGUGUGUAAAGUCCAGUUAUUGGUUGCAGUUUGCAUGUUGCCUAUUGUUUGGGCAGUAGUUGAGGUUGAGAAUCAAGUCACUUAGAAAUGGUUCUUGACUCUAGUGAAGAAUGACCUUGAUUUUGGAGAAGGGCAUGGACUAACACUGAUUACUGAUAUGCAAAUGGGACUGCAAAUUGCAAUGUCAGAAUUAUUACCACUUUCUAAACACAAAAUGUGUGCCAGACAUGUCCUUGCAAAUUGGUGCAAAACUUUGAAGGGAAUAAAGAGGAGAAAUCUUUUCUGUAAAAUUGCAAAAUCUACAUUUGAAGCUGAAUUGAGGGACUACAUAAAAUCUAUGAAAAAGUUAGGAAGGGACUACUUGGAUGGUCUUUUAUACUACAUUAUUGAAAGAUGGUGCAAAAGAUACUUUAAAGAACAUAGUAAAUGAGAUUCUGUAGACAAUAAUUUGGCAGAGAGCUUUAAUGUGUGGAUAUUUUCUGUAAGAUACAAGACAAUCAUUACAAUCCUUGAAGAGAUUAGGAUAGAAAUGAUGA